AUGAUAUUUGAACUCUAAACUCCAUCUCCAUCCUUAUCUCCUAAUUCGAAAUCCAAAUUUUAUUAGGAUCAACUUGAUAAAGCUCAUUUAGUUAUUGAUUAAUUAGAAUAUUUACUUUAAGAAAAAGAGCAUCAGAAAAAUAUUCAUCAAACGACUUACAAUAAUAUUGUCAUUCCUCCACUUUAAUUGAAAUAAAUAAAUAAUGAAAGAUCUAAAAGUUAUGCAAAUACUCCAAUAUUCUAUUCUACACCUAGAGAUAGAAGAACAAGAUUCUCAUUAGGAGAUGGUUAAGAUUCUGCAAGAUUUAUUGAGGAAAUUAAAAAUAGACAUUCAGAACUUAUUUUAUAAUCUCAAGAAGACAAUAAUUUUAGAGAACAAAAAAAUAAAUAACUUAAUCAUCAAAUUCAAGAAUUAAAAUCAGAACUGAUCUAUUGUCAACAAAAACAUUCUAUUACUAAAAAAGAAAAAUAAUCUGCUCAAUAAGCACUUGAUAUUUUAGAUACUUAAAUCUAAGCUAUUAAAUUGCAAUUAACAAUCUCUAAAGAAAAAGGUAAUCAUUUAUAAAAUAAAAUCGAAAUAAUUAAUCAUAAUAAUAAUGAUAUUUCUGAACAAACUAUAAAACAUUAAUCUGAAAAUCAUGAAUCAAUCUAAAAUCAGAAUUCCUUAAUCUUACCAUAAAAUUAUAAUAAUCAUAAAAAAUUAUUAGGGUCUUUAUAAAAAGAAAUUUAAUUAUUAGAAAAUAAAAAACAAAAAUAUUAUAAUUAGACAACUACUUCUUAAUUUGAAGAAAAAUAAAUAGAAGUUAAAGAAGAUCACUUUUAUGAUAGAAUUAAUUUUGUUGUAAAUAAUAUUUGUAAUCUUAGAUUGAUACUUCUUAAAAUCAAAAUAUUCUUAUUACUUAACAUUCUGAGGUUUAACUUAAUGAAGAAGAUAUCAGUUCUAUUAAAUCUUUUCGAGCUAGAGGACAUCGAAAAAAUAGAAGUUGUGAAUCCUGCUAAAUCUUCUGA